AUGAAAUGUGACGCCUCUGAAACCUUACAGGAAGGCCUUCACAGCAUCCGCUUCCGGGCACCACAGCUUCUCAAAGGCCUCGAUACUACCGAUCUCAGGCUCAUCAUUGAGCAACCUCAUCUUUUGGUAAAAUGCGGCAUUUCAGCCAACCAGCCCUCCAAAUACGUCCUCAAUGAGAAGGAACUCGAGCGCGUCACACGUAUCGAGCUUGAGGAUGCGUGGAUAGAGGUGGAGCGCGCGCGGAAUACUGUCAAAAAUGCAUGGGUCAAUGAGGAGGAUGCGUCGAUGGAGGUGGACUGGGAUGUACAGGUCGAUGUGCCUGAGAAGGCGGACGAUCUUGCGCCGCACAAGUUGGAUGAAUACGACGAUUGCGAUGUCAAAGAAGAUGCAAUAUUAGAGGACUUGCAUUUUAUAGAAAUAACUAGGACGAUUUAUAUAUCACGCUCAAAGACGUACGGUUGCCUUGUCUCUCUUUUACUUGCAUCUAACACCGUGCAGGACCCCGAACAUGACGAGCGCUCAGAACUCGAGAUCCUCCCAACAGACAACCUCCUAGCCAUCGAAAACACAGAAGAUGACAUUUCCCAACUCGAGAUAUCUAUGUCUACGACAGAUCCCAAGACAACCUCUACACUUUCCACACCUCACUCUCGUUUCUCUCCCUCCCACACCAAUCCCCUUUCCGCGUUAUAUCGCGUCGAUCUCUUUCCUACUCCUUCUCGCAGUUACUUCCUCCCAAACCAAAUGGACCAAAGUUCAAGGCGUAGACCCAAUUUCAGAACUUUCUUUCCUUAUAUUCCAAACGAGGUCAAGCAUAGAAAGCGUAUAUCUCGUAUACAGCUCAAGGUCCUGGAAGAUAUAUUUCGUAAAGAUACGAAACCAAAUGCUGCCCUGCGUAAAAAGUUAGCAGCAGAGCUUGAUAUGCUUCCACGUGCGGUGUGGUUUCAAAACAGGCGUGCAAAGGACAAGGCUCUUCAAGACGAUCAACCACCCUCACCAAAGCAACACCCAGUGGAGCGAUCACCAAUAGCUGAGAGUGCUCUUACAAAGUUUUCCUUUUCUCUUCCUGCGCCCCCUACAGAAGCUUGGCACAGUAACCUAGCCACUCCUGCCGAAAUUCCCCUACAUGUUCGCCAUUUGCCAGUGGACUUGACUUGGCAGGACAAUAAUGACCUUCUGAACACACGUAGAGGGUCGCUGCCAAUCACCGCGUCCACGCCAAGUACAGACGCCAACCAGCCACCUUCCCACUUCCCAGAUAGACGCAAGUCUAUGGACGUCAGUAUCCUUAGGCUCAUGCAUCAUCCGUUCACACGCGUUGCAAAGGAGAAGAAUGACGCGAUCUUUCUCAGGCCGCCCAUAUCUCCUGCAGGGUCGGGUCAGUCCAUGGCCCGUCCACCGUCCGGCCUCGGUGUGCCAAGCAUACGUGCAACAAGUCACAGCUCUUCUACUUCCUACAACCCUUACACCUGCCCUUCUUCGGCUCAUAGAGCGUCAGAGCCCCAUGUCUUCUCGCCUACUCGCUCCUCUCUUGUACCGGAGAUUCGUCCACCGUUUCCGUCCUCGCACGUGCCGCGCCGGCUCUCGGACAACCGCUUUACAAUGAGCUCUAGAGCGCUCCUGUCGCCUAUUCCUGGCCCCCCUGCCAAAGCCUGA